AAACAAAGUUGAGGGCAUAUUGAUACAUUUGCCUAAACGAGACUUGAUACACUUAAGUCCCGAAGCCUUCAAGAAUAUGACAAGGCUCAAAAUGUUUAUUAACCGUAAUGCAUGCUUUUCUGAAAAGCCUAAUUUUCUCUCUAAUGAGUUAAGAUUGCUUGAUUGGUCUAAUUAUCCUGGGGAAUCUUUGCCAUCCAAUUUUUGUGGAAAGAACCUUGUUGUUUUAACAAUGCCUCGAAGUCAGCUCAAGGAAUUGGAGGGAGUCCAGAAUUUCCAAAACAUGACAAUUAUGAAUUUAGUUGGUUGUGAAUUCCUAAGAAAAAUUCCUAAUGUUUCAAGGAUCCCAAAUUUAGAGGAGUUGGAUCUUCAUGGUUGCAAAAAUUUAGUUGAGAUUCAUCAUUCCAUUGGAUUCCAUGAUAAGCUUGUUAGUUUGAAACUUGGAAGAUGCUAUAAUCUUAAGAGUUUUCCGAGAAGUCUUAAGAUGAGAUCUCUAAAAUUUCUUUGCCUUUUGAGAUGCUCGAAGCUUAAGAACUUCCCUGAAAUUGAGUGUCAAAUGGAAUGUUUAGAAUAUAUCAACUUUGGAGGAACUGGUAUAAAGGAACUACCUUCAUCUAUUGAGAACCUCGUUGGGGUUAAAACCUUGGAUCUAAGUGAUUGCACAAAGUUGAAAUAUUUAGAAAUACCAUGCAUUGGGGACCUGGAUGGGAUUAUACAACCAUUUUUUCUAAAUAGCAAAUAUCUUAGUUUCAUUGACUGUUCAAAAGUUGCUAAGUUUCUAAAAACAAUGGAGGAAUAUGAGACAAUCUAUGCUCGGUGUUGUAUCCAUAGAGGAAUCGGCAAUUUCAUCGGUGGCAGAAUUACUCCAAUUGCCGCCUUCGUCGAAUACAAGCGAUUCUAA